CACGCUUAUCUCCUCACUCACUCUCUGUUCUCUUACAUAAACCCUUUUACCUUCUCCCCAUCUGUGAUUACCAAACCUGAUUACUAGUGAGAAAUACAAAAGGAGAGGUGGUUAAGAUUUAAGACACAGUAACAUAAAGAGAAAGAGAAAGAGAGUGGGAGAUGCAGAAAGGGUCUUCUCCAUUGCUAGGGAUAGUGGAGUUUCUAAAGAAGAUAAAAAAGCUCGGUUAGAGAAAUUCACAUAUUUAUAUAUAUUGUUUGUAUUGGCAGAUAAAGAGAAAGAGAGUGAGCAGAAAAGGGGUUAUUGUGUAGUGAAAGAGAUCAAAAAAAGAGAUGGUGGGCUCAGGAGCAUCAGAUAGGAGCAAAGAAGCGGUUGGGAUGAUGGCCCUUCACGAGGCCCUCAGGAGUGUCUGUCUCAAUUCAGACUGGACUUACUCCGUCUUCUGGACCAUUCGACCUCGCCCGAGAAGUAGAGGUGGUAAUGGUUGCAAGGUUGGGGACGAUAACGGCAGCUUGAUGUUGAUGUGGGAAGAUGGAUUUUGCCGGGGAAGAGUUGCAGAGUGUCUGGAAGAUAUAGAUGGGGAAGAUCCAGUCAGGAAAGCUUUCAGCAAAAUGUCCAUUCAGUUGUAUAAUUAUGGAGAAGGGUUGAUGGGAAAGGUCGCUUCUGAUAAAUGUCAUAAAUGGGUUUUCAAAGAACCUUCUGAAUGUGAACCCAAUAUCUCAAACUAUUGGCAGAGUUCUUUUGAUGCUCUUCCUCCAGAAUGGACUGAUCAGUUUAACUCAGGCAUUCAGACUAUAGCUGUGAUUCAAGCUGGCCAUGGCCUUCUACAAUUGGGUUCCUGCAAGAUUAUACCAGAAGACUUGCACUUUGUGCUGAGAAUGAGGCAUACCUUUGAAUCUCUUGGUUAUCAGUCUGGCUACUACCUCUCCCAGCUCUUCUCUGCUAACAGGAAUACUUCCCCUUCUGCUCCUUCAAAGCAAUCACUUGCCCCAAGCCGUCCUCCGGCUCCCAUCUUUAAUUGGAGCCAAAGGUCACUCCCUUCUGCUACUUCUGCAGUUGCUUCUUCCAAUUUCCAAAACUCUCCUCGACUUGGAUUGCCACAGACUAAAGAUGAAACCCAUAUGUUUCUCCUUCCACAUUCAUCUGAAACCCAAAUGGAGGACAUGAACAUGAUGGCUGAUCAUGAAUCUGAUAUAAAAUGGCCAAAUGGACUAUCCUUCUUCAAUGCUCUCACCGGACGAACUGACGAUGCAAAGCUUCUCUUCGGCGCGGAGGGCUUAGGAAACAAAUCAAACCAACAACAUCAUCAACUUGUACUAGGGGGUAAGAAUUCUAACUCUGCUUUAAAUCUUUCUGGAAAACCUGAUGAGUCUAAGGCCCUCUCAGAAACUUCAUAUUUACAGAAUCAGCAUGGGAGGAGAAGUGAUAAUACAGGUGUCUCGAGUCCCAGCGAAUACUUGAGCUUGGAAAGCCAUUCAAACAAUGUCAGGAAGAUGGAAAACAAGUUCAAGAGGAGCUUCACUAUGCCUGCAAGAAUGGGGUCAUCAUCUUCAUCCAUUUCUCUUGAUCACCAUUUGCCUAAUCCAGUGGACUACAGGAGCUCUGAAGCUGGAAUUUACUCUGAUAUACUGGACACCUUCUUAGAAUGAUUUUAGAUGGUUUUGUAUGGUAGAGGUCAGGAGUAAGAAGUUGUACUUGACACUGUAUUUGGCUCUUUUCUACUGGUCAUGUUCCUCUUA